AUGCUCUACAAAAAGUUAUACGCCUCUCUACUUUGGGCGAUAAGUCCAUUGAUGAUCAAUUUAUUUGCCAAUGAUGGUCAAAGGAUUUAUGAAGUGGCCAGCUUUGGACCUUUCAUUAUCGGUGAUCCCUUCGUCGCCACAAUGGGUACCGGCUACACGAUUUGGCUGUUGGGUCCGCAUGCGGCUCUGGGCAUGCUUGUCUUUGUCCUCUUCUAUCCAGUCCAAUAUUUAGUUUCCACAUUGACCGGAUACUUCCGUCGUCGAACGUUAAGCGCCACAGAUCAGAGGGUUCAACUUAUGAACGAGCUGUUAAUCUGCAUCAAACUGAUCAAGAUGUACGCCUGGGAAAAGCCGUUCUCCAAAAGCAUUAAAAAAAUCAGAGAAAAGGAAAAACGUUUUCUUGAAUCCACGGCCUACGUUCAAUCUGCUAGUGUCGCACUGACGCCCGUCGUGCCCAUCAUCGCAGUCAUCGUGACUUUCCUGGCCCACAUUGGAUUUGGAUACGACCUUUCACCUGCCGAAGGCUUCGCUGUGGUUGCUGUCAUGAUCUCAAGAGUUCGACCUUCGUUGAACGGUGCCCGUGAAGCUCUGAAAACAUGGGACGAAGCCAGGGUUAUCUGGCCUCGUAUCAAGAGUGUUCUAUCCAUGGAGGAAAGCAAGCCUUUCUCGGAGAAGCCAAUUGAUCGGAGCAUUGCGUUAUCAAUUUACAAUGGAUCGUUCGUCUGGCGAGAAAGUGCCCUAACUACGACCAGGGCUAAACGCAACCGAAAUUUAUGGAGUCGCAUCUGCUGCUGUUGCGGGCAAGGUGACAUAGAGAAAGAAGUGCUCACAUCAUUGGUCCAGCCAAAAUCGAUCCCUGUACUCAUCAGCAUCAACCUCGUCGUACCUAAGGGCCGUUUGGUUGCCGUUUGUGGAACAGUGGGAUCCGGAAAAUCUUCUCUCCUCUCGGCCAUUCUCGGUCAAAUGAUUUUAGAACAAGGCCGGGUCACUAUUGACGGAUCUUUCGCUUACGUCUCACAACAAGCUUGGAUCAUGAAUUGUACCCUAAAAGAAAACAUUCUCUUUGGCGAACCCUUCGAAAUGGAAAAGUAUAACCGCGUUCUGAUGGUGUGUGCCCUGGAUCAGGACAUUGGUAUUCUUCCAGCUGGCGAUCAAACAGAAAUCGGUGAAAGAGGCAUCAAUCUCUCGGGCGGCCAAAGGCAGAGGGUGUCCUUAGCCCGGGCCAUUUACGCCAACAGGGAUAUCUAUUUACUAGACGACCCUCUGAGUGCCGUGGACAGUCACGUCGGUAAUCACAUUUUCCAUCACUGUAUUCGCGGAGCUCUUAAGGAGAAGACGGUCGUGUUCGUGACCCAUCAACUUCAGUAUCUCAGCCAGUGCGAUGAAGUUAUCUUCAUGGAUCAUGGAAGGAUCUUGGAUCAGGGCCGUCAUGGUGACCUGUUGAAUCAGAACGAACGAUAUGCAACGCUGGUAAAUACGUUUUUGCACGAAGAAAGUGAAACUAACUUGGACAAAGUAGUCAGCAGUUCAGAAGACGAUCAGAUCAUAUCACAAACUUCCGGUCGAGCUUCUCCUGAAAGCGCAACCUUUAAGAGGAAACAGUUUGGGAAGAAAUCGAGUUUAUCGACAUCAACCGAAUUAGUGUUGAGUAAACAUUCAGUUACCGACGAUGAGUUGUAUUCGAAUGUGGACACUGGCGGCCGUCUGAUCGAAGAGGAGAAAAUGGAAGUUGGCUCUAUCCCUUGUAAAACGUACAAAGCCUACAUCAAAUCAGCUGGAGGAUACAUUCUUGCUGCUUUCGUUCUUUCCAUGUUCACCGUCAACGUAGUCGGCAGUGCGAUGAGUUCGUGGUGGCUGGCUCAUUGGCUUAACACUGGCGUUGUGAAUGCCACGAGGACAGUUGGCAAUGAAACUGAAUAUUACCCGAGUGUACGAGGCCAUCCGGAUCUUCAUUACUACGAACUAGUUUACGGCAUGUUUAUCCUAGUCAUUGUGUUCUCCAGUUUGAUCCGUAGUUUCUUCUUUAUCAAAGCUUCGUUGCGUGCAUCCAAUUUACUGCACAAUCGACUACUCGUCAAAGUGUUUAACAGUCCCAUGUCUUUCUUCGAUUCGACGCCAGUUGGCCGCAUCCUCAAUUUUUCACGGGAUCUCGACGAGACUGAUUGCCGCUUACCUUCGUGCAUCGAGGCUCUCGUUCAGAACAUGCUGGUUGUGUCGAUGUCUAUCACGUUCAUCGCCAUGGUCGUCCCUUGGUUUCUCAUUGCUCUUCUCCUCCUCGCUGUUAUCUUUAUCUUGGUCAGUCGCACCUUUCGAUGUGCCCUCCGCGAUCUCAAACGGCUGGAGAACGUUUCACGGUCGCCAAUUUACAGUCACGUCACGGCCAGCGUUAGUGGACUGAAUACGAUUCAUGCAUUUGGCAAGGAACGUGCCUUCGUCUCCAAAUUUAUGAAUUUGUACGACGAAAACUCGUCCGUCUUUUUCUUGUUUACCUGCAGCAUGCGCUGGCUUGCAGUCAGAUUGGAUUUCAUCGCAGUUUGCAUCAUUGGCGUUACGGCUGGACUUGUUGUUGUUCUUCGUGGAAUGAUUCCACCGGCAUUUGCCGGCCUGGCUUUAGCCUACGCUGGCCAGUUGACAGGCAUUCUGCAGAAUACCGUCCGUUGGGCCUCGAAAGAAGAGUCUCGUUUCACAUCCGUUCAACGAAUGGAAACGUUACUAGACACAUUGGAAAGCGAAGGACCUGCGAUUGUUAAAGAGCGUCGACCACCAAGUGAUUGGCCCCAAAAGGGUUCCAUCGUCUUCUCAAACGUCAACAUGCGUUAUCGGGCGAAUCUACCGUUGGUCCUGAACGAUGUUUCUUUUCACAUCAAACCCAAAGAGAAAAUAGGCAUCGUCGGUAGAACGGGUUCGGGAAAAUCGUCAUUGGGUGUCGUAUUAUUCAGAUUGGUGGAUCUGACAUCCGGUGUCAUUGAAAUCGAUGGAAUUGAUAUAGCAGAAAUAGGACUAGAAGAUUUGCGUUCGAAAUUGUCUAUUAUUCCUCAGGAUCCGGUGCUUUUUAUCGGUACCAUCCGGUACAAUCUAGACCCUUUUCAAAAGUAUAGUGACGUCGUUAUUUGGGAGGCCGUUGAACGAACUUACAUGAAAGAUAAAAUCAAAGCACUGCCCGACAAACUGGACAGCGCAGUCAUCGAGAACGGUGAAAAUUUCUCUGUUGGCGAGAGGCAGCUGCUUUGCAUGGCCCGAGCUCUGUUGCGUCACAGUAAGAUUCUCUUAUUGGAUGAGGCCACGGCGGCCAUUGAUACUCAGACGGACGCGCUGGUACAGCAAACGUUGCGUGAAGCUUUUGAAGAUUGUACCAUCCUGACCAUUGCUCAUCGCCUCAACACAGUCAUCCAAUGCGAUCGUGUUCUUGUCCUUCAAAGUGGAAUGGUAGUGGAAUUCGACAAUCCUUUGGUUCUCUUGGCGAAUGGCCGUUCGUCCUUUGCUGGAAUGAUGGCCGCAGCACAACGCAGAAAUGCUUUUUUAGUGUAGAAUUUUUAGUAUAUUCUUUUUAAUAAAUCAUUUCACAUAUA